AUGUCCAUUGAAGAAACCAACGAAAAUAUUGAUAAAUAUCUAUGUCAUAUUCACAGGAAACCUUUUACUAUUUAUGAAGAUGAAACAAUUGAUUUAACACAUUCUAAUUGGGAUAAAGCUGAUUCUACAGUUGUUGGAUUAUCAAAUAUGGAUGAAUUUGAUGAUGUGGUUUCAAUUUUUAAUAGAGUUAUGGCUAGGAAGAAUGGUGAAAAAGAUCAUUGUUUAUCUGAUCUGGAGAUUAAGGUUUAUGAAAAAAUUAAUCAAUUACUUUUGCCAUAUCAUAAUUGGGAGUGGGAAUCUCCACCACCACCAUCUAUUACCCUUUGA